AACCGCUACCUAUAUCUUCUUUAUUCCUCUCGCGCUUUAGCACCCAUCACACCCCACUAUUCCUCCUCUUCCGCACCUACUGAUUCCCGAUGUCUGACUCCCCGACCAAAGAUAUCAUCAUCAUCGGUGGCGGCCUUGCCGGCUGCGUCCUCGCCUCCAGACUGCACGAGAAGCACCCUACGCUUCGCAUCCUCCUCAUCGAAGCAGGCAAGGACGUCGCGGACCACCCUUUAACCACCACGCCUCUGGCUUGUUUCUCCUGCCACUACUCUGAGCUUGAUUGGGCGUACUCAACCGUUGCGCAACCUCAUCUCGGAAAUCGCGCCUGCUAUGCCGCAGCCGGAAAGGCCCUCUCUGGCGGCAGCGCAACGAACUACGGGACUUGGACGCGCGGGAAUGCGGCCGACUAUGACCUGUGGGCAACGGUGGUUGGGGACUCCCGCUGGAACUACGAGGGCUGGCUGCCGUACUUCCGGAAGACAGAGACGUACCAUGGCCAGCUAGGAAGCGCUGACAUGUCGAAGCAUGGGCAUGACGGCCCCGUGCACAACUACUCCAUCUCGGCGAGCAGCGCGUCGCGCAAAUAUCCACUGAGGGAACGAGUGCGUGACGCCUGGGCGCGCGUCGGCGUGCAGGAGAUCGCAGACGGCAACGCAGGCUCACCGCUCGGCCUGGCUGAGCUUGUCGAGAACUGGCAUGCCGGCCGGCGCCAGCUUGCCAGUCAGAUCUAUCCCCUGACGGGCAUCGAGGUGCUGACGGAGACGCUGGUCACGCGCGUCCUCGUGCAAGAGCGCGAUGGCGAGCCCGUCGCCACGGGCGUAGAGCUCGCGAACGGCACCACGAUCACGGCAUCAAAGGAGGUCAUCGUCUCAGCAGGGGCGUACAGAACGCCCCAAGUGCUCAUGCUCUCUGGCAUCGGACCAGCGCAGGAGCUGGAGAAGCACGGCAUCCCCGUGGUGUCCUCUUCGCCAGCAGUCGGCCGAAACUUCCACGACCACCUCGCCGUGUGCCAGUGGUGGAAGCUGCGGGACCCGGAGCGCGACCCCUCCAUCGGCAGCCCGCAAUGGCAGGACGCGGGCCUGUUCGCCGGCCUGCCCUGCGACUGGGUCGCCACGCAACAAACGCCGCUGGAAAAGCUGCAGCACGCGCUGGAGAAAGACGGCGAAGAAUCCCUCAACGACCAUCCUCUCCUCUCCCCCCGCGCCGCCCACAUCGAGUCCCUGAUCGUGUACGCGCCCGCCGGCGCGCAGAUCGCCGGCGUCGCCGUCCCCAUGGACGGCUCGCACAUCGCGUCCGCGGUGCUCCUCAUGACGCCCACGUCGCGGGGCAGCAUCACGCUCGCGGACACAGACCCGGCCACUCCGCCCGUCAUCGACGCGAACUACUACGCCACCGCGGCCGACAGGACCAUGCUGCGCGAGGGCAUCAGGACCGUUGUCAAAGUGCUGCGAGACACGCCUGAAGGCCGCGAGGCCGUCGUCUCAGAGCUUCUUCCGCCAGACGGGAAGGAACUCUCGUCGUCGUCUAGUGACGCGGAGAUCGAUGCGCGCGUGGCGCGGGUGGCGAAUACGUUUUACCACCCUGCUGGCACGGCGGCUAUGGGCAGUGUUGUAGACGCGGAGUUGAGGGUUAAGGGGGUCCGGGGGCUGAGGGUCGUGGAUGCGAGUGUUUUUCCGGUGCCGAUUACGGCGCAUUACCAGUGUGCUGUUUAUGCGCUGGCGGAGAGGGCGGCGGAUUUUGUGGGGGAGGCGUUGCGGUGA